AGUGAGGAGGCUGCGUCUGGCUCUCGCUCUCACAGCCAUUGCAGUACAUUGAGCUCCAUAGAGACAGCGCCGGGGCAAGUGCGAGUCGGACGGGUACUGGGCGACUCUGUGCUCGCUGAGGAAAAAUAAUUAAACAUGGGCAAAGGAGAUCCUAAGAAGCCGAGAGGCAAAAUGUCAUCAUAUGCAUUCCUUGUGCAAACUUGCCGGGAGGAGCACAAGAAGAAGCACCCAGAUGCUUCAGUCAACUUCUCAGAGUUUUCUAAGAAGUGCUCAGAGAGGUGGAAGACCAUGUCUGCUAAAGAAAAGGGAAAAUUUGAAGACAUGGCAAAGGCUGACAAGGCCCGUUAUGAAAGAGAAAUGAAAACUUAUAUCCCUCCUAAAGGGGAAACAAAAAAGAAGUUCAAGGAUCCCAAUGCACCCAAGAGGCCUCCUUCGGCGUUUUUCUUGUUUUGUUCUGAGUAUUGCCCAAAAAUCAAAGGAGAGCAUCCCGGCCUAUCCAUUGGUGAUGUUGCAAAGAAGCUGGGAGAGAUGUGGAAUAACACGGCUGCAGAUGACAAGCAGCCUUAUGAGAAGAAGGCUGCUAAACUGAAGGAAAAAUACGAAAAGGACAUUGCUGCAUACCGAGCUAAAGGAAAGCCUGAUGCAGCAAAAAAGGGAGUUGUCAAGGCUGAAAAGAGCAAGAAAAAGAAGGAAGAGGAGGAGGACGAGGAAGAUGAAGAGGAUGAGGAAGAGGAGGAAGAUGAAGAAGAUGAAGAUGAAGAAGAAGAUGAUGAUGAUGAAUAAGUUGGUUCUAGCGCAGUUUUUUUUUCUUGUCUAUAAAGCAUUUAACCCCCCUGUACACAACUCACUCCUUUUAAAGAAAAAAAUUGAAAUGUAAGGCUGUGUAAGAUUU